AAAGCAAUAUCACGGUUCUGGUGAACCCGAUUUCACAAACCCUAUUCCCACAAUUGAAUCGUAGAUCGAUUCCCUUUCACUCGCUUCAUCUUCUCCAUUUCCCCUUUUCGCGAUCUUCAUCACCACUGACAAUCAAACUUUCUCUUUACUCUCAUCUUUAAUGUCUUUCGUUUCACCUCCCUCUCCAUCUAUUUCUUAUAAACCUUUUCACCAUUUCCUGGUUCCAAUCAAAAUCCAGAGAAUCCUCUCAGGAAGCCAAAUCCGCAUGAAAUUGAAUGGCAAAUCCCCACCGAUCAGACAUACCGGGUAAACCGGUGUCUCCUCCACCAAUUCUGUCUCCGGCGAUUCAGACUCCUCUGAGAAACACAAAGUCAACCUUUUGAUUUCUAUGGAGCCAAGUUGAUAUUAUUGAUGGUGGCUAUCGCUGGAGAAAAUAUGGCCAAAAAGCGGUCAAGAACAACAUGUUCCCCAGAUGAUCUUUAUAAUCCCCAAAAAGCUUAAAGCGGGCAAUGGAGUGGACCUUGAAACAGCAAAUGGGCGACACAAUUUCAAAAAUAAGAAAGCUUUUUAUACUGAAGAAACACCGUUUCAAGUACUCCAUGGUCAUACUGGAGAUGUCUUGGACUUGGCAUGGUCAGACUCAAAUUUGCUUCUUUCAGCUGCUAAAGACAAGACAGUUCGGCUAUGGAGAGUUGGUUGUGAUGAGUGUCUUCAUAUCUUCUAUCAUAACAACUACAGAGGAGGAGGAAACUACAUGAUCAACAGAUCAAUGACGUUCACGGGAGUAUCAGACCACCACCAUCUAACUCAAAGAAGCCCGACCACGACGAAGACAAUCUAUCAGAUGAUGGGUCCCAUAUGAUGUUAGGAGGGACGAAGAAGAGGCUGAAUUUAUAGCAAGUUAGGGCAUUAGAGAAGAUCUUCGAGCUAGGGAACAAGUUGGAGCCUGAGAGGAAGAUGCAGCUAGGUAAGGCCUUAGGGUUGCAGCCUAGGCAGAUUGCGAAUUGGUUUCAGAACAGGAAAGCUAGGUUGAAGACAAAGCAGCUUGAAAGAGACUAUGAUACUCUGAAGAAACAGUUCGAUGUUUUGAAAUCGGAUAAUGAUUCUCUUCUAGCACACAAUAAGAAACUCCAUGAUGGGUUCCAUAGAUGUCAAAGCUCGAAUCUGGGGUUUAUCAGAACAGAGGGUGGUCGCUUGGACCGAUGCUCAUGACUCCAUUUCAGCAAGUUACCAACACAACGGAAAUGGGAGAGAUGGCAAGACUUAAGGAGAUUCAAGAAGCUGUCUUACAAAUGAGCGCACCAAAGGCUCUGAGAAAUGAACUGAUUCACAAACUGAGAAGUGAAAGAAUGUCGUAUCAUGGAGAUGAAUCAAGCUGGAACCGAUCAUGGGUGGCAAUUAAGAAGCUCUGGGCUUCAAAGUGGAACGUGAGAGCUUACGUCAGUAGAAAACUAGAGUUGACCCAUGAUGCCGUCUGCAUGUCGGUGCUGGUUCAAGAAUCAUGUGGUGAUUAUGCUUUCGUCAUUCACACAAACAAUCCUGUCACUGGUGAUUCUUCAGAAAUACACACAAGAGAUUGUGAAGGGUUUGGGAGAGACCUUGGUUGGAGGAUAUCCAGGACGAGCAAUGAGCUUUAUCACCACCCGGGCUACACCCGAUUUUAUUUCUAUAAAUUGUUAGUUGUUUUCAGAUAUUGA